AAAAUUGGAAGGCCAAUGCGAUGAAAGGGGUCAGAAUCGGCUCCUACACUUCAUAUUCAAACUGAAACGAAAGAAGAAAGAAAAAGGAAUAAAAAUCUCGUAGUGGGAGAAAGAAUCCGAUUACCGAAGGCUGUAGAAGGAGAAGGAAAAAGCAUGGAGGGGCCCAACAGGACAGAAAGGAAAGAGGGAGAAGAGAAAGUCCAGUUGGCUUUCAGUGGAUACUUCAAACGAACUGAAUGUCAAAUCCAUGAAAAGAACUAGUUUUCUUCUUUCAUUUCUUCUUUCUUCACGAUAAAAUAGUUCCAUUCUAGUCCUUUUCAAUGUACAGUUAGGGUUGAUUAAAGUUCUUCCUAGAGCAAAGUUUCAAUAAAAUGGUGUGACAAAGUAUUUAAAACAAAUACUUUUACUUACAAUGCUUAUUUUCAUCGUUAUCUUAUUCAUAAGUCUGACCGAUUGUGAAGAAUACAAAGGGAAAUUGAUAGGUAAAUUGAACUCGUAUCAUCAUCAGGUGGCAGGGGAUGUUUAUGCAGUCGAUGAAUUCACGCUUCUCCUGACUGGCUUUAGCUACGAUGGAAACGGCGCUGACACGUUCUUUUGGGCUGGAGCAACGAAUCGUCCAGGGCCCCAAGGAUUCAUUGUGCCAGAUCAGCAUGGAAAAACAAAUGUUCUAGAUAGAUACCUGAAUAAAGACUUCACCCUUGUUCUUCCAGAAAAGAAGAAAUUAACAGAUAUAAAAUGGUUUGCCAUUUAUGACCUGUCAAGUCAAAAUGCAUUCGGUGAUGUUUAUAUGGCAGAGGAAUUUGAACCACCAGCUACGCAAACUAUCGGCCAGCUCAGUCGGAGAUCCCACGGUGUUUCUUCAGGACCUAUUCAGAUCCUUGAUGCUAAAACAAUAUUGAUUCCAGAUUUCACAUAUAAUGGAGCUGGAAAAAAUACUUAUUUUUGGGUCGGUGUCGGACCUCAGCCUUCAACUAAAGGCUACAAAGUUCCUGAUGAAUACGGAUAUCUUGAGCCACUACGAUUGUACUCUACAGAGACAAUAAGACUAGAACUACCAGGAGAUCUCACUAUCUUUGACAUAGACUGGUUCAGUGUAUACGACAUUGAAGACAAACAGAAUUAUGGUGCUGUGCUCAUCCCUGAUAGUCCUAAUGUCCCUCCAAGCCUUGUAAAAAUAUCCAGUCAUAAAAAUGCACUGCCCAAUUGCAUUCAAUUGCAUAAAAACCUACAAGCUAGUUGGGAAGUUUUUGGGCCACAAAUUACAAUUCAGUUAGCAGGACGAGUUGAGGAAGAUGAAUACAUUGCAUUUGGCCAAAGCGGUUCAAAUCACAAAUUGCAAAUGCUAGGUGCUGAUGUGACUGUAGCAUACAUAGAUGGAUACAGAGGAUAUGCCAUAGACUACAAUAUAACAGCAAAUUCACCAUGCGUGAAAGUUUUGGGACAGUAUAAAGGAGUUUGCAAAGACAGUCUGGUUGGUGGUAUGGAUGACAACCAGCAUCAUACAUCUUCUAGAGAAGAUGGUAUAAAUAUAAUAACAUUUAGGAGAAAUUUGAAAUCAGCCGACCCAGGAGAUAAGGAAUACAGAACCGAAGGGAAAACUCAUUUAGUUUGGGCAAUUGGAAAAUUGGAUGCAAACCAAGAACCUUCAUUUCAUGACAUCUACCCCAGAAGUUCAGCUGUCGUCGAGUUUGGAAAGACACAAGAUAAUUGUUUUCCUUUUGCAACAAACGACAAGGAAAUCUUGGAACCGUGGGAUCGUCCAAAAAUAAUUGACAAGGGUCUGAGGGUUUUCACCGCGACACUCGGACCCUCAGGGGGGAAACGAGGAUACCAGGGGAUCACCGGCAUGCCCUCCCCAGGUCUAUCUUGGUACAUCAAUGGGUUGCUCAUCCCAGAAAUAUGGAUGAGACGAGGUUUUACAUAUGCUAUUAGAAUAUUUGGCGGAAACAACCCUCACAGUGCAGAGCUGUAUAACCCCUUGAUUAUAACAGAUGAGCCGCAUGGAGGUUUGGAAAGAAGAACUGAAGAAUCAAAUAGAAAUAUAAGAAUUUUAGCAGGGGUUCAGUAUACUCUCAGAGGACAGCCAAGACCCACAACAGUUGGGCCUCUUUGCCUCGCAAGACACAACGGAGUCGAUCGAAGGUUGGAUGACGAUUUUCCAACUUUCAGGAAAUUCAACAAAUCCCUUACAGUCACCUGUGAACCAGGGGAAGUGGCGAUCCUAGAAGUAACGCCAAACUCCACUUGGCCAGAUAUAGUUUAUUACAACAGCUACACUCACAUCAACAUGGGAUGGAAGAUCCAUGUUGUUGAUAGUUUUGCAAUCCAAUACACAUCAGGGGUUUCGAGUUUUGCAAACCAGGCAAUCACAUUAAGCAUUGCAACGCUGUGCUUUCACGUUUUAUUCUAGUUUGAAAGAAUUAUUUGUAUGAAUGUGUUAAAAAUAAAUAUUUGUUUUCCAUAUUUUUACCAAGAA